AUGUCCGCUGCGGGCGCUUUGCAAGUGGGAAUCUGCGGCGCUGGUGUUGCUGGAUUGAGCGCCGCCAUCGCCUUGAGAAAAAUCGGGCAUGAUGUCGAGAUCUUUGAGCGCUCACAGUUCAAGAACGAAAAUGGCGCUGCCGUGUCCAUCCCGCCAAAUGGUACACGGGUUCUGGAGCAUUGGGGGUUCGACCCGAUCAAAGCCGGAGGGAUUGAGAAUAUUCAGGUCCGUCGACCAAAGGGUGAUACCCUGGAACCAAUGGCUCCUACAUUGAACUUCUCCAAUGUGGAACAGUUAUAUGGCAACAAGUGGUUCUUCUAUCACCGAGUCGACAUGCACCGCCGUCUAAAAGAACAAGCCGAAGAAGCUGGGACGAUCAUCCGGCUGGGAAACCAGGUCAUGGAUGUCGACCCUGAGACGGGAGUAAUAUCAUUGAAGGACGGGACGAGAGUGCAAAAAGAUCUUGUUAUCAUAGCUGAUGGCCAGCAUGAUCGCUUAAACGCGAAGAUUACCGGCAAGGAGGUCCCGAUGAAGAGGAGCGGCCAGACAGCAUAUCGCUGUCUCAUACCCAUGAGGGAAAUCCUCGCGGAUGAGGAGACCCAAUUUCUGUUUGAGAAUCAGCCGCCCGGGUUCUGGGCCCCCGCCUUACCAUCCAAAGGUGUUAUGGCCGUCACAUAUCCUUGCAGAAACAACGAAAUCCUCAAUGUGCUGGCUGUGCACCGAAAACUCGGCCAGCAUGCAUCGAGUGAAGAUGACGUGGUUAUCGAGGACUGGAACUUCCCUGCUACACACGAGGACCUGGAGAAAGUUCUCGAUGGUUUCCAUCCGGCCGUCAAAAAGGUCUUCUUGAAGUCACCGGAGGUGAAGGUCUACACGCAGAUGAAGCGAGAUCCUCUAAGCAAAAUGACCAAGGGAAAAGCUGUCUUGAUCGGCGACGCCUGCCACCCGAUGCUCCUGACUCACGCUCAAGGUGUAUCGUCCUCCAUCGAAGAUGCUGCCGCUCUCGAGCUCUUCCUCGCCGAUGUCCCCGCCACCGGAGAUGUCGCUUCCGCUCCGUCACAGAAGCUGUUGCAGCGUUUGGCCCAGUUUGAAGCCUUCCGCCUACCCCGAGUCUCUGCAACACAGAUCCUGACAGAUCCUGUCGUUCCCGGACCACAAGCUGCGGCCAACUAUGCCAAGCAAGAAGCCGAAAUUCGAAAGUAUUACUCCGGCCCUCUGCCACCGACGGGAUCAAUGCCGCACAGCCCACCGAUUUGCCAAUUUUUCUUCGGUUAUGAUGUAAGGAAAGAAGCCAUGAAAUUCCUUGCAGACAUCGACGGCAACAAGCCGAUGAAUGGAGACGCACCUGCACCAUUGACUGCUCCAGUUCCAGAGGAGAAGGCCGCUGUCCAAGUCCUUGCUCCAGUUCAACCGCGCGCUGCGGAGGCACCUGUCGUCUCGCCCGGUGUAAAAGAGACAACAACAACCACCGAUGUGAGUGCGAUGGAGCAAAAGAUCAAAGACCUCGAGCGCAGAUUGGCCGAGAUGGAGAGCAAAUUGGCCGGGAUGAGCGUCCACAUCUCGUUCAGGGAGGUUCAGUCAACGCCACCUGAAUCACCGCCUACCGCGUUCGGGAGAUCUCCUUUUAUCGUCACCGCUUCUUGA